AUGUCGAUGAUCGAUCGACUGGCCUCUGCGCCUUCGUUCGCUGGAUCAUGGUCGAGUCUGCAGCCGAGUCUGACGCCGUGGAUGUGAGUUUGGCCGGUCUUAAGCUUGCGGAGUUGGCUGCGAAAGGUCCGAGCGGGGUGGAGCUUCGCACGAACGCGGACAGCACAGACUGGUCACAUUGCGCAGCCGAAGGCUUUGUGGGCCAGUGGGCCAGCGGAUAAGCGUACAAGACCCGAACUACAACAAGAUGGACUGAUUGAUAUGUUAUCCCUCUACAGCGCGGAUGUCUUGCGUGACAUGGGUUUCAGCAACAUGACGCCCGUACAAGCGGCGACGAUCCCGCUCUUCAUGCAGCACAAGGACACCGUCGUCGAGGCCGUUACCGGAUCGGGCAAGACCUUGGCGUUCGUCAUCCCCGUGUUGGAGAAGAUCAUCCGUCGGGAGAAACCGCUCGGCAAGAGGGAGAUUGGCGCCAUCAUCAUCUCACCAACUCGGUACGCAAUCGUCUGAUCUCGUCAGGAUCGUCCCAUUGCUGACCCCAUCCGUUGGCCCUAACGCACAGUGAACUGGCAACCCAAAUCCACUCCGUCUUCUCCUCCUUCAUCUCGGCUCAACCCUCAACGUCCUCAACCCCUCUCCCUCCUCCCUUGCUCCUCAUUGGCGGCAUCCCCCUCGCGAGCGACGUCAAAUCCUUCUACGAGUCCGGCGCCGACAUCAUCGUCGGCACACCGGGCAGGCUCGAAGAAUUCCUCUUGGGCAAUUCGAGUGUCUCGAAUGGCCCUCAACGCGGGAAACGCAAGACUUCGAGUGGGAACUCGUUGGGCGUUGGCAGUACGAAAGAGCUCGAGGUGCUCGUUAUGGAUGAAGCCGAUCGGUGAGUCCCAAGUGCGGGUGGGUGUCAUGCGGUGAAUCAAGCUCAAUCUUCUUGAAAUAUCUUGACCAUGCAGUCUACUCGAUCUCGGGUUCACCCCAACCUUGAACCGACUGCUCUCACAUUUGCCGAAACAACGUCGCACAGGUCUGUUCUCGGCGACGAUGUCCGACGGGCUGUCGCAACUCGUUCGCGUCGGACUACGCAAUCCCGUCAAAGUAGUCGUCAAAGUCGAGGCGAAGAAACAAUACGACGACAAAGGUGCCGAGGUCAAGGGUGCCGACCGCAAGACACCUGCAUCGUGAGUUUGGCCUUUCGAAGGGUCUCUGACCGCCUCGUGCCCAUUUCCUGACAUGCACUCCCCUGCCCAGGCUAUCGAACGGCUACGUUGUCUGCACCCCUUCGUCCAAAUUCGUCACCCUAUCCCGCAUCCUCUCUUCCGAAACGACGGCCACCUCGACCGCACGCAAGUUCAUCAUCUACUUCUCCACCUGCGCCUGCGUCGACUAUUUCUACAAGCUCCUCGCCGCUCUCCCCGAAGCGUUCCCCUACUCGAUCCACUCCCUUCACGGCCAAAUGUCCCCUACCCGACGCUCAGCGACCUUUGAAGCUUUCUCCUCCUUACCUUCCGAAACGACGGGUAUCCUUCUCUGCACGGACGUCGCCGCACGCGGUUUGGAUCUACCCGAUGUCGACGUCGUCGUUCAAUUCGACCCUCCGCAGGACCCCAAAGUAUUCAGUCAUCGAGCAGGUAGGACCGCUCGAGCGGGAAGGGAAGGGAAAGCGAUCGUCUUAAUCACACAAGGAAGGGAAGAGGAAUAUGUCGAAUUCCUCCGCGUUCGUAAGGUCCCUUUAACGCGCCUCAACUACUCGGAACCUACUUCCAAAAAAGAGCUCGCGGACGAAAUCGCCCUCGUCGAACGAUUCCGUCGCAUCGUUUUGACGGAUCGAGAUCUUCAUGAAAGGGGAACGAAGGCAUUCGUCAGUUUCGUCAAGAGUUAUUCGAAGCAUGAGGCUUCGUUCAUCUUUAGGAUUAAGGAUUUGGAUUUGGUAAGGAUCGCGAGGAUGUAUGGGCUUUUGCAAUUACCCAAGAUGCCGGAGAUCAAGGGGAAGGAGAUGGAGUGGGAGAAGGUUGAGGUGGAUGUGAGUUUGCUUUUAGGGGGGGUUCUGGGUUCGGUGGAACUAAGUGGGACUGGGAAGGCUGAUUUGAACCUUAUUCUGGAACAGUGGGACGCGUAUGGGUAUCUCGACAAGGUCCGAGAGAAGCAACGCCGUUCGCAACUCGCCGCUCAGAACGAAGGUCGCAAACGGACCAAGAGACCCAUCGACGACCAAGACGCCGAAAUCGAUGCUCAGCCCUCCGAAGAUGUCGACGGAGAACCCUCGACGAAAAAGAAAAAGCCAGGAAAACCCAUCGCCACCAAAGCCUGGUCCAACAAGGAGGAUGCUGAAGCGCGUGCCAAACUCCGAAGGGAGAAGAAGCUCCGCAAAUUGAAGGCUUUACAUGCUAAACAAGAAGCCGGUCGACCUACGAAUGACGAAGGGGAUUUAGAGGAAGGUGAAGGGGAUUGGAAGGAAGAAUUGGCGAGGAAGAAGAUGGCGCAGAGGGAGGCGAAGAAGAAGGAUAGGGGAACGACGAGCAAUGGGAUGGCUCAGGUCGAGUUUGAUUUGUAA